AUGCCCACAGAUCCCGAAGUGCAGCCACAUCCUCCCGCGCUGAUCAUGGCGAGUCUCGGAGAAAUGGCAUGGAAAGCACCGGGUCCUGAGUUUGAAGAACUGAUGCUAGAAUCUACUACCUUGCAGUCUUCAGAGCUCGACAAAAGGGACAUUCCCGAAUUCUCUGAUACCAGAGAUUUCACAGAAGAGCUUGCAGAUAUGGAUAAUAGCCCGGAUAGCACCAUGCUCUCAAGCCCUCACUCAGAACCAGCAGCUGGAAGCUGCAACGCCAACCACCAAGCGUUACAACACCUACUUCGUGCCGGAUUGAGCUACCUGUUGAUUGGCAACAGUCAUGAGCAAGGACAGACAGAGCCGGAUCCAGAGACGGCACAAAUGCAAAGUCUUCCGAGAAUGGCGCCGUCAGUCUUUAGCCCUGGGUACAGUGAAGCAAUGAGCCAACGUUCGCUGCUUAUCACAUCGCUCGUCAAGUCCCUGACAUCCAUGUUGAAGCGACCCAUGAAUCAUUCUUUGCGACAGAUUGUCAGCAGUAUGAAGGUCGCAUACGUACCGGACAGUCUCCCAUUGACGGCAGUAGAUACGGAAAACAUUCUCCAGGCGGCAUUCUGGACUCUUGCUCAAAAACAACUCUACAAGGCAGAAGCCUCACAGAAGCUGAGCCGAUUGGACGAGAUCAAUCCUACAGACUUGGACGAAGCAUAUGCUCAUGAAUCUCUCCUAAUAACUGGUUCGACGGAAGAGGUCCCGAACUGUUUCAACCACGCUGCUACCGAGAAAGUCGACAUGGCUUCUGAGGACUACUUAGGCAUUGAGGACUAUUUCAGGCUUGAUUGCACAUCCCAGACAAACUCUCUCUUAUCAGUUGAUGAGAACUGUACAUGUUCUGUCAAUGAGAGGUUGUGGGACACCACAGAAAGAGGUUCAAUGGAGCUAGCCAUUGCGAGCCAAUUGCCUUGUCCAGGUUCUCCAGCACUCAUAUCCGACAUUGAGGAUUUCGAAGAAGAUGAUGACAUGAUGUAUAAGAUUCUAUGA